GCAACCUCGAAUCACACAAUGCCACCUCCCGUCGGCAGAUACGGGCCAUCUGGCCUAGCUACUCCUUACACCCUACAGCAAGCUCACCUUCAAUCUCAGCACCCCGCACACGCAUCAGCCAAUAGCCUACCACCCCCUUCGCUUGGGCAUCCAGGCUUCGCGGGCAACCCCAACACCAACAUCAACCCUUUUACUCUCUCUGGCGCCAGUAUUGCGAAUGGCAUGGCUGUGGGUGGCUUUCCAGGGGCUGGUGCGAGUGAUGGUGGGGGCACCGGUCUUGCUAGCCAUGCAGCACAGAUGGGUUUCGCGCGCGGUGCGCAAAUGCAACAGCAGCAAUUACAUCACGGUCAUGACGGUCGGUUAGCACUCGAGAACAAGGCUGGUGCAGCGAAGUCACGGAUAAGAGAUGUCUGGAAGCACAACUUGGCCCAUGAGAUGGCAGUGUUGAGACAGUUGGUUGACAAGUACCCAUACAUCAGCAUGGAUACCGAGUUCCCCGGAAUUGUUGCACGGCCGAUCGGUUCGUUCUCGAAUAAAGCAGACUACCAUUACCAGACUCUCCGAUGCAACGUCGAUCUUCUGAAGAUGAUUCAGCUCGGAAUUACCCUGUUCAAUGAUGAGGGAGAGGUACCGCCAGCCUCCGGCAUCGAUGCCAAUGGACAACCCUACGGCAAUGCAAUGAUGCCCGCACCUUGCACAUGGCAGUUCAAUUUCCGGUUCUCGCUAGAAGGAGACAUGUACGCUCAAGAAUCAACAGCAAUGCUCGCAAAGUCCGGAAUCGAUUUCGCCAUGCACGAGAAGAACGGAAUUGAUCCUUUUGAAUUCGGUGCUCUGCUGAUCAGCUCUGGGCUGGUGCUUCUGGAUGAUGUUCACUGGGUUUCUUUCCACUCUGGAUACGACUUUGGCUAUUUGAUGAAGAUCAUGCUCUGCUCUCAGCUCCCCGAGAAUGAGGAGGAAUUCCACAAGCUGCUCACCAUCUUCUUCCCCUCUCUAUACGACAUCAAGUACCUCAUGAAGCACGCCGGACGCAACCAAGCAGUCAACGGCUCUCCUCUCACACCCGCUGCGGCACAGAUCCUCACCAACCUCGGACAGAAAUCUGGCCUGCAAGACAUUGCCGAUGAACUCGGUGUUAAGCGCGUUGGAAUCGCUCACCAGGCUGGGUCCGACUCCCUCGUGACGGGCGAGAUUUACUGGAAGACUCGCCAACUCAUUUUCGGCGGCGCGAUCGAUGACAGCAAAUACUCCGGCCAGAUCUGGGGUCUCAACGGGCAGAUGCCCGCAAUGGCCUACAAUAUGGCCCAGCAAACCCCGAACUUGAACGGAGCCACCAUCUAUUCCGGCGGCACUCCCAGCACUCCCAACACAGGGUCUCACGGAACCGGCGCCCACACCCCUCAACAUCACGGAGCUGGCUACAACACGACCCCCGGAGCUUUCCAGAUGGGUCGGGCAUAAGCCUGGAGAACCUUUGGGUUGAUACGAUAUGAUGCAUGUACAUACGCACGAUAUUUCUCGUGCUGUUUUCCUUCGAUCUUCGGCAUUGUCUUCGCGCCUGUUGCUUGCAUGGGCUCGGUGCCUGUGCCAGGUUCUGGGGCUGGACGACGGUGUUGGGCAGGAAGGUGCCUGGCGUUUGAUUUGGCUGGUAUUUUGAAUGGUAUUUGACUCCAUUUUCGAGGCGUUGACAGGCUCUAUCAUGGCCUCGUGCCUUUUGUUAUUGUCAUCUAGGUCGCGUUCUCUUUGCUUUCUGGGGGUAGAUCGGACCUGUGUCUUGUGUAUAGGAAAUCUGAUUCUCUUGGCUACAUCUAACUUAGCCUGGAUAGUAAAG